UUUAGGCCUAUUAGCCUCAUUGGCAGCUUGAACAAAUUAAUCAGCAAAGUCCUUUUUGCUAGAAUUCAGCCACUCGUUAAGUCCAUUAUCUCGUAUCACCAGUUUGCUGGAGUCAAAGGGCGACAGAGCCAUGAAGCGAAUUUCAUUGCCAAUGAGGUACUCGACAGUAGGAAGAGGAGUGGUAAACCAGGUCUGAUCCUAAAGCUUGACAUUGAGAAAGCUUUUGAUUCUGUCAAUUGGAACUGUCUGUUUAAUAUCGUUAGAUCUAUGGGCUUUAAUCAGAAAUUCCAUAAGUGGAUCAAAGGUAUAGUUUCUCAAUCGAAAUUAUCGGUUUUGGUCAAUGGAGAAGCAACCGGUUUUUUCAGCAUGGAAAGGGGCCUCGAACAAGGUGAUUCGCUGUCCCCCUUUUUGUUCAACUUAGUUAUGGACAUCCUGGCGUUUAUGUUGGACGCAGCUAAUGCAGCAGGACUCUUGUCGGGCUUCUACUUCGAUGAAGAUAGGCGCAGAGGGGAAGUUUCACAUAUCCUGUAUGCCGAUGAUGCUGUUAUCUUCUGUGAUGCCACGGAACAUGAAGUAACUAACCUGUUAGCGGUUCUGUUGUGCUUUCAAAGUGUCACUGGCCUUAAGGUAAAUCUUGAAAAGAGCAAAUUAUUCCCUGUUGGGGAGGUGCCUCAUCUGGAUAGAUUGGCUGACCUCUUAUGUUGUGAUUGGGAUUUUCUCCCAACAAUUUAUCUUGGGCUUCCUCUUGGGGCUUCACCAACCUCUGGUACCAUUUGGAACCCCUUGAUCUCUCGUGUUCAGAGCAGGCUUCAAGGUUGGAAAGGGAGGUUCUUGUCCAUUGGCGGCAGAUUGGUUCUUAUCAAGUCGGUUCUCGCAAGCCAACCGACGUAUCUUUGUUCCCUUUAUCGUGCUCCUACCCACGUUGUGCAGACUAUCGAGAAGCUGCAGUGCUCAUUCCUCUGGUCCGGGUCUCAGGAGCAGAACAAGUUCCAUCUUGUCUCCUGGGAUCGUUGUAAACAACCUAAGAAAUGGGGUGGGCUUGGUAUUCCGGAUUUCAAAAGGCAUAAUACCGCUCUUUUGUCAAAAUGGUGGUGGAAGUUUGCCUGUGGGGACUCUUGGUGGAAGGAUCUAAUGCGAAUCAAAUAUCCAAAUGAGGAUUCGCAAUGGAUGCCAGGUAAACCUCUAUCCCCGGUAGGUUGCAGUCCUUGGUCACAAGUUUACAAAGUGAAAGAGGAAUUCUGGAAGUUUGCAGUAAUCAGUCCGGGUUCAGGGGAUUGCAUCUCCUUUUGGAGAGAUCGGUGGGUAAAAGGAGUUACUCUUGCGGAUUGCUUUCCGAGAGGUGUUCACUGUGCAUUCCUUAUAUCAAGAGCUGACUCAGGAAGAAGGCAGGACUCGUACAACUGGGGUUCAGGGAGGAGAUUUCCCAUACAAGUCAGUCUGGUUGAGCCACGUACCAUCCAAAAUCUGCUUGUUUGUUUGGCUGACCUAUCAUCGGAAGAUACUCACCCAGGACGCACUAAAACAGAGAGGUUGGAUUAUGCCCAACAGGUGUCCUUUGUGCUGUGCACAUGAAGAAGACCCGUCGCACUUUUUCAUCACUUGCAGUUUCACUAUGAUUGUCUGGAGAUCAUUAGUCGCUUUGUACACGUCGAUGGUAUUACUGCCCGUGGGGAGAUUGAAGACGUCAUCAAGAGCUGGGCAACUCUGAACCCGCAGAAUCCUAAAGAGUGGUGCACUAGGUCAGUUCUACAUGCGCUGCUGUGGUGUAUUUGGAAGGAGCGGAACAAUCGAAUCUUUGAAGGGAGGAGCUCUACUGAAUCUAUGGUGGCCUUUAAGAUCGGAAACCUUAUUGCAGCAUGGCUCUUGUCUGCGGGUAAAAUUGACAAGCAGAUUGGUAAAGAUUGGAUACUAAAACUGAGGG